AUGUUCUGCAGUGCGUUAUCGCCCGUCGAGUUGACCCACGAUGCUGAUGGCGUGGCUGACCUGACCAACUAUUGCGGUACGAUUGACGGCUACAAGGCGCUGCCAGGGGACAAAUGCGACGAUUCCCCCCAGAACAAUGUGUUUGCGUUCACCCAUCAAUUUCAAAAGUCGUCGUACUCAUCCCUCAAGGCUCUGCGACGGUGCACCGCAGCCUUUACCAGCGGACGGCGUCGUGAAGUGGGGACAUGGGGGCGAAGGGUAUAUUCGAAUGAAAACUGCGCCCGAAACAUCCCUGACGGUGGCAUGCCUAUCAACGUGGCAACUUGCAACGGAUCCAAACGACUCUUUUUCCUGUGGUUGGCCAUGCAUACGUCGUCGUGGCAAGUGUACAAGAACUGUGUUCCGUUGGUCGGCGGGGGAGGUGUGGUUUCGCCCCCUAGCCCGUACAAACCCCCCAGCGCUUAUACUCCCCCCGUGGUACAAUCUUCGAUAGCACCACCAUCGCCCCCCAGCGCUUACAAUCCCUCCAGUUCAGAGCCAACUUCGAUGACCCUAGCCCCUCAAUAUCGAUCGUCGAAUGGUGGUAGCGAAGCGCAGCCCUUGCAACAGUGUGGUGGCAAGCGAUUCAAAGGCCCCACUCCAUGCACCGAAGGCUACAUGUGUGCUUUCAAGAGCGAAUGGUACAGCCAAUGCAUCGAGCGUACAUCGAGCGGUGGCGGCGUCGUAGAUUCAUGGGGCAAAUGCGGAGGUCAAGGCUACACUGGAGCCACGACAUGCAAGUCGUCAGAUCAAUGCCAAGUCAAGAAUGCCUGGUACAGUCAAUGCGUUCCCCGCUAA